UACAAAGGCCCAUUCUAUUAAUAAACUUUGCCAAGUGUGUUAGUAGAACAAUGAAGAUAAAUCAACUUGUAACAAACAGCCUGUCACCUGCCACAAUCUUACAUGUUUCUUCUCUCACACCACAUUUAGAUUGGAUCCAUAUACUCCCUUGUACUUAUAUAAUCAUAGAUAACAUUUUCUAUUAAUUGUCUCGUUUAAUAAUAAAGUCUCUUGAGAAAAUGGUUAUAGUAGCCAACGAUUCAUUUCAGUCAAAAGACAUAUUGACCCAAAUUAAUGGAGGUUUUGUUACCAUAAUCUCAUUUUCAUUUCUAAUAAUGUAUUGGGAUGGAGUAAGAAAAGAGGGUAAAAACUAAAAAAGUUGAUUUGAUUCAAUUAAUCAAGGUGGCGGGAAAGUUAAGGAAAGAAGUCAACGAGGAAGGAAGUACUAAAACUAAAACCGGCCGAGAGCCAAUAAAAAUUAGGCAAGUGGGGGAAUAUGAAUUCACAGGUACCCGUAAGAAACAUAAUUAAAACUUGGAUUAAACCGAAAGGCAUGUGAUUUUCCUUUGUUGGUUAAUUAAAUCACGUAUAUCUAUUUUGCUCGUUGAAAUAGAGAUCGAGCAUGUGGAGGGAUUGCAUCGAACUCUGAAACCUGAGUGAAUCUUCUCUUCCCAUCAUCACAUGCUUACUUAUCUCUUCUGGUUAGCUCUCUGAGAUUCUAUCUUCCAGAUUGUUCUUUUUAUAUUUUACUUAAAGCUUCCAAAAUUAAUCCGGAUCUAUCCGAUUCAGGUUGUUCCAAAACCUCCUUAUUUUGACAUAUAUUUGUCAAUAUAUAUUGUUUAGGAUGCUUCUGUGAGCAAGAAAAAGCAUAGCAGAGAGAGAGAGAGAGCAUGGGGUGUGCUACAUCUACUAAUGCUGUUGUGGGAAGGAAGAACAAGAAGAGGAUCAUUCAAGAAUCUGUAGUUUUUGUUCUGCAGUUCCGUGUUCCUGUUCAGUCUGAUCUUCAGCGCCAACUCAAAGGCGUUGCUCCCAAGACAACCAUUGAUCGGUUGUCAUGUCUAAGGAAUCAGAUUGAGUUGGUAGCUGAGGACACAGGGGGUUCUGCCAUCUCUGAGUUGCGUACAGCUUUGGAGGAGUACUUGUGUCUUCUAACCGGUCUUAUCAAGAACAAGAAUGAUGGAACGGAGGGCUGCGUGGAGUUCAAAUGGAGGACCCUUGGAGAUGGUCCACGAGAAGAGAUAUGUUGCACAAACCUUUGGAUGGAGAUGUUGAUAGUGAUCCACAUGAUGGCUGCUUUGGCAUUGACUGAAGCUAACUCUCUCAUGAUUCCAAAGAAUUGCUAUGCUUCUGGUUCUGGCAAUGGCGUCCGUGUGGUCUCGACUGAUUGCAGGAGAGAUGCGGUUGACUUGCUGCUCAAGGCGUCAGGAUACUUGGAGUUCUGCGACCGAGAGAUUCUGACUCAACUUCCUCCUGAUAUAAAGAAUAAACUGCCAGAUGAUAUGCAGGAAAGUGUAUUACAAACUCUCUCUAUCCAAGCACUUGGCCAGGGAACUGAGAUUCAACUUGGAUUGGCAGUUGAUAGCCAGAAAGCAACAUUAUCUGUGAAGAGGAGAAUUGCAUGUGAGCAAGUCAUCUACUUCACUCAGGCAUAUCACUGCUUGUCUAGUUGUGAAGCAGUUAGCCAUGGAUGCGCCAAGAAGCUUCUCCGGUUUAUCUACUGGAAGUUUCUGGAAGCAAAGGCUGCAGCAUACUACUACCAUGGACUGGUAACAGACAAGGGAAGUGAGCCGGCUUGUCACGUGAGCGCGGUGUGUUGUUUCCUUGCAGCUGCAGAGAUCCUAGGAGAAAGCAAGAAGGCCUGUCUUAGCUUCUGCUUAGCUCCUCCUGUCACAAGGGCUCCUCCUAUGUGGGGUGUUAUGAAGCAUUUGAGCCAGAAGAUUCCAGAAGUUGCUUUUAGAAAGUCUCAGACGUAUGGAUACUUGCUUGAAGAAGAAGAGAAGGCAAUGCAGUGUUUGCCAGAGCUUCCAGACUUUCAGUUGUCAUUGAGACCAGACGAUUUUGAACUGCCUGAAAUGGAGGAUGUCUCUCCCGCAUGAAAUCAGACUCAUUUGCUUAGAGAACAUCUUGACUAGUACUCCUCUGAGAAUCAUGAUGAUAGUGACCUUGAUCGUUGAGCAAGAAGCAACUCUCUACACAUAUUCUUUGAGUAUUUUACCACUUAUAAUUGUAAUGUAAUAUUUUGUAUUCUUCUCAGACAAAAUCUGAUACUUCUACUUGAGUAUAGUGUGAGUGACUACUUAUUUUCUUUGAUAAGAAAUUUGGAAGGAAAAAGAAAUAAAAGAUGCUGAUAAAGAAGGCGUUUAGCUA